AUGGUGCCGCUGCUGCGGGGCGCCGGGGGCUCCCACCGGUGGCUGGCCGUCGUUUUCCUCGGCCUUUGCUGGUUCCUUCCUCCCGGGAGAUUCGCCGCGCCGGGCGGAGACUUCCCGGGCUCUGCCGUGGACAAUCUGGUGGUCAGGAAAGGGGACACGGCCGUGCUGAGGUGUUACCUGGAAGAUGGAACCUCCAAAGGGGCCUGGCUGAACCGCUCCAGCAUCAUCUUCGCGGGCAGUGACAAGUGGUCCGUGGAUCCCCGCGUGUCCAUCGCCACGGACAACAGGAGGGAGUACAGCCUGCAGAUCCAGGACGUGGAUGUGACCGAUGAUGGGCCCUACACCUGCUCUGUGCAGACCCAGCAUACACCCAGGACCAUGCAGGUGCACCUGACUGUGCAAGUCUCUCCCAAGAUAUUCCGGAUCUCCAGCGACAUCGUGGUGAACGAGGGCAGCAACGUGACGCUGGUGUGCCUGGCCACGGGGAAACCAGAGCCCUCCAUCUCCUGGAGACACAUCUCCCCCUCGGCCAAGCCCUUUGAGAGUGGGCAGUACCUGGACAUCUAUGGAAUCACGAGAGACCAGGCUGGGGAGUACGAGUGCAGUGCAGAAAACGAUGUCUCCGUCCCAGACGUGAAAAAAGUAAAAGUCACAGUGAACUUUGCCCCCACAAUUCAGGAACUUAAAUCCAGCGGUGUGAUGCUUGGAGGGAACGGCCUGAUCCGGUGUGAAGGUGCAGGAGUGCCUGCCCCACUCUUUGAGUGGUACAAAGGAGAGAGGAAACUGAUCAAUGGUCAACAAGGAAUCACUAUUAAAAAUUAUAGUACAAGAUCCCUUCUUACUGUUACCAAUGUGACAGAAGAGCACUUUGGCAACUAUACUUGUGUCGCUGCCAACAAGCUAGGGACGACCAAUGCCAGCCUGCCUCUCAACCCUCCCAGCACAGCCCAGUACGGGAUCACCGGGCACGCCGAGGUGCUGUUCUCCUGCUGGUCCCUGGUGUUGACGCUGUCCUCCCUCAGCAGCAUAUUCUACCUGAAGAACAUCCUUCUGCACUAAAUGUAAAGACCCAUAAAAGGCUUUAAAGGAUUCUCUGAAAGUGCUGAUGACUGGAUCCAAUCUGGUAGAGUUUGUUAAAAGCAGCGUGGGAUAUAAUCAGUGCUUACAUGGGGAUGAUCGCCUUCUGUAGAAUUGCUCAUUAUGUAAAUACUUUAAUUCGACUCCUUUUUAUUGAUUAGCUGCAUUACCUUGUGGAGCAGUACACAUUGUCCUUUUUUAAGACGUGAGAACUCUGAAAUUACUUUUAGAGGAUAUUAAUUGUGAUUUCAUGUUUGUAAUCGACAAGUUUUCAGAAGCAUUCAGUCAUGGUCUGCUGAGUCGCAGACUGUAGUUUACAGAAAAAAAAAAAAGGAUAUUGCAGUAAAAAUGUGCUUCUUUAAGGCUGCAAUACAAACAUUCAGUUCCCUUCUCAACUAGCAUUCUAUCCAAACUUACACAAAAACAUUUGUUCUUUUUUGAGUAAAAAAAAAAAAAAAAUCAAAUAACAUUGCCUUCAAAAUAUUUCCUCAAAAUAUUACACAUAUCUAGAUUUUCUUCUAGCAUGAUAUUCAGGUUUCAAGAAUGAGCCUUGUACUAUAACUGCAUUGCGCAGUACUGCUUCUGUUCUCUUCCCUCUUUCCUGCCAAGUCAGCAUGGUUGUGCCUUCAUGAAACACCACUUUCCUCUUCCUCUCCAAGCAGUCUGGAAUGUGUUUUGGGAAAUGCUGAAGCAUCCUUUUGAGCAUAGGAAAUCCCUGGGUGAGGACAGAGGUGCUGUGGGCUCUGAGGAAAGCUCCUCUCCCACAGGGGCAGGGCGUAGCUCAAGGCUGGCACCAACCCCUUCCUCCCUCCAGCACCUCUGACCACUGUAAAAACGACAUUUCCCGUUAGAAAACAGAGCUCCAAUUCCUCUGUGGCACCUUUGGAAUGUCAGAAUGUUCCCCUAAUGCCAAAUUCCCACCUGGCUGUAAAGGUCAGGAUCGUCCCUUUUGUAUUACUGGCAAAGCCAAUGUGAAUUGGUAUUUUUCUUGCACUCAAUUUUGUACUGGUUUGGCUGAUUUAGCAAUGAUAAAGGAUGCUUUGAACCAUGAGACACCUGCAAAUCCCUGGAGUAUCAAGCAGGAUUUUCUAUCUCCACAUAUCCCUGUGGCAGCGAGGCCACGUCCUCGGGAGAGUCCCCUCGUGCCCGGGCAGGGCUGCCCCUGCCAGCCUCCCCAGCACCGUGUGCAGCUCGAGGGGACACUGCUGUCACCUGCUGAAGGACCAGCUCAGCCUGGCGUGUACCUGAAUCCUGAAAUCCCUGGUGGUGCUGCUGUGGAGUGCUGCUCACAGCUCGCCCCACCUGAGAGCUGCCACCUGUGGGACUCUCCGGGGUGGCCGUGGCCAGCAGCCCUCGGGCACCAGAUCCCCUGGUGGCCCCAAGAGCUCCUGCCUUGCUCACCAACAACUGCUGGCAGCAGGAACAGCAAAAUUCUCACAAACCCCAGGCUGGGUUGGGUUGGAGGGGCCUCAAAGCCCAUCCCAUCCCACCCCUGACAGGGACAGGG